AGCUGGACGCCGCAGCUCCGCACCACAGCACCUCCGCCUCCGCCCCGCCCCCCGCGGAACCCUGCAGCCUACAGCCAGCAUCCGCUGUUGCCCCCGGCACCAAUGAGGAGCAGUACGUGAGUGAGGCGGUCAGCCUGGAGGACGUGCCCGAUGACAUCAUCUACAGAGAUGUCGGGACCAUCACCGAUGUGUGCAACAGUACUGAUCUCCCAGAGGUGGAAAUCAUCAGUCUUUUGGAAGAGCAGCUGCCCCACUACAGGCUGAGAGCGGACACCAUAUACGGGUAUGACCACGACGAUUGGCUGCACACACCACUCAUCUCGCCGGACGCCAACAUCGACCUCACCACUGAGCAGAUCGAGGAGACCUUGAAGUAUUUCCUUCUAUGUGCUGAACGAGUGGGCCAGAUGACUAAGACUUACAAUGACAUAGAUGCUGUAACACGACUGCUGGAAGAGAAAGAGCGCGACUUGGAGCUGGCUGCCCGUAUUGGCCAAUCACUCUUGAAGAAAAACAAAACUCUCAGCGAGCGAAAUGAAUUUCUGGAGGAGCAGGUGGAGCACAUUCGAGAAGAGGUCUCUCAGCUGCGGCAUGAGCUGUCUAUGAAAGAUGAGCUGCUCCAGUUCUACACCAGUGCAGCGGAGGAGAGCGAGGGAGAGUCCGCUACUUCCACCCCCAUUCGACGGAAUGAAUCAACAUCCUCUGUGCCAAGCUACUUUCCUCUGGACUCCCUGCAGAAGAAGCUCAAAGACCUGGAGGAGGAGAACACUGUCCUGAGAUCAGAGGCCUGUCACCUGGAGACGGAGACCAUCUCCUAUGAGGAGAAGGAGCAGCAGUUGGUGAACGACUGUGUGAAAGAGCUCCGAGAUGCCAACCUGCAGAUCUCGUCCAUCGCAGAGGAGUUGGCAAAGAAGACCGAAGAUGCUUCCCGCCAGCAGGAGGAGAUCACCCACCUCCUGUCCCAGAUCGUGGACCUCCAGAAGAAGUCAAAAUCAUACGCGGUGGAGAAUGAGGAGCUCACUCAACAUUUGGGAGCUGCCAAAGAUGCCCAGCGUCAGCUCACAGCUGAGCUCAGGGAGCUGGAGGAGAAGUACGCAGAGUGUAUGGAGAUGCUCCACGAGGCACAGGAGGAGUUGAAGAACCUGCGCAACAAAACGUUGCCGCUGAGCACUCCCAGGCGCUUCCAUUCGCUCGGCCUCUUCCCCAUGGAUUCUUUAGCUGCAGAGAUUGAGGGUACCAUGAGGAAGGAGCUGCAGAUGGACGAUCCGGAAGUGGCAGAACAGAAGAUGCAUCAUAGGCGCGUGUUUGAGGCGGUGAAGAGCAUCAACCAAACAGUGAGGCAGCGCUCCCUAGGUCCCUCCCCCAUGAACAUCCCAGGAUCCAAUCAGUCGUCUUCACUUAACUCCACCCGCUCCAGCUGCCUGAGCACGCCUCGCUCCAGUUUAUAUGGGAGUGACAUCAGCAACGUUGUCAUAGACAACCGCGCCAACAGCAUUAUCUUGGAGACUGAGUCGCCGGACGGCAGCGUGGACAACUCAGACAAGAAGCCAGGGACGCCGGGCACGCCAGGCUCGCAGGAUCUGGAGAUGGCACUGAGGCGCCUGUCCCUGCGGCGUGAGAACUACCUGAGCGAGCGGCGCUUCUUCGAGGAGGACCGUGAGAGGAAGCUGCGGCAGCUGGCGGACCAGGGGGAGCUGUACAGCGGCAGCCUGACGCCCACCGAGAGUAUCAUGUCGCUGGGGACCCACCUCUCCGGCUUCUCGGGCCUGUCGGGCCUCUCCUUCAGCAGCCGCUCCUACCUGCCCGAGAAGCUGCAGAUCGUCAAGCCGCUGGAAGGCUCGGCCACCCUGCACCACUGGCAGCAGCUGGCCCAGCCCAACCUGGGGGGCAUCCUGGACUCACGGCCGGGCGUGGUCACCAAAGGCUUCAGGCCUCUGGAGCUGGACCUGGAGGAGGUCUACCAGUUCACAGACUUUGAGGAGGACGAGUCAGGUGACCUUUCGUUCCCGAGCCUUUCUACCUCAGCCUCCGCCCCCGCCCCCGCGCGGUGCCGCAGCCGCGCCUCUUCCUCCUCCUCUUCCUCCAGCUGUGUGAACAACAACAGCAGCAGCCACCCGCCGGAAGCUUCCAGGAGCUCCCAGGAGCCGCAGGACACGCAGGCCGGUGGCGAGGAGCUGUCCGUGCAUUAUCCCGGUAAAUGUAUGUCUCACACCAGCUCUACCUACACCUUUACCACCUGCCGCAUCCUCCACCCGUCGGACGAGCUGACCCGAGUCACGCCCAGCCUCAUCGCCGGCCCCAUGGCUGCCUGCGUAAUGACCAGCAGCCUCAAAUCCACCCAGGGGUCCACCCCCUGCACCCCGCGCCGCCUCAGCCUGGCCGAGUCCUUCACCAACCUGCGCGACUCCACCAAGACCAUGAGCACCUCCCUGGGGCUGGUGCGCCUCCUGCAGGAGAGGGGGAUCUCCGCGGCCGUCUAUAACCCGCAGAGCUGGGACCGGGCCGACACCCCAGACGCCCCCUCCACCCCCCGCGGCCCUGACACUUUGCCCUCCACCCCGCCCAACUCGCCCACUAGCCAAUCCCAGACUGCGUCUUCAGCAGCCGCCGCCCCCUUCCAGUUCCACAGCUCCGGCCCACCCUACGACAACUUCCUGGCCUCCCGGCCCGCCAGCUCCAUCCUGCGGGAGGUGCAGGAGGAGGCGCGGAGCCACGCGGACUGCGAGAUUCAGACUGACGUCAGCGUCCACAACCUGCGGCUGGUGGACAAGGUAAAGCGCUUCGGUGUGGCGCGGACAGUGGCGGUCAGCCCCGGGGCUGUGAGCCACGCCUCCAUGCUGGGGCCCCUCAGCGGACUGCGCCGGCCCCAGCCUCUGUUCGGACCCCCCGUGGUAACCAGCGCCAUCGGGGGGCUGCCCGCUCUGAACGCCAGCAUCCGCCGGAACCGCAGCUACCCGGCUAUGGUGGGGGCCAGUAUGGCGAUGAAGGGCCCUGGGCCCCAGAGCUCUGACACGGUCCUGGAACCCAAGCUGCCCAAACAGAGCAGCCUCAAAUGAGGAGUCUGCCCCGCCCUUCUGUGUCACCUCUUAACCCUCCAUGCACAUCCACUGCUUCAGUGACAGAUCAGCUCUGUGCCUCUAAGACACUCUUCUUGUACGAAGCCCCCUCUCUCUCCUACACACACGGAAAAUUCUGUGCAGCACCAUAACAUGUUCUAAGGUAUUUUUGCCCUUGCUGUAAGUUGUUAGACUUGGAGGUGCAUUUGAGGUGAAUAUGCAGCACAUUGUAGCUACACAUCUCUCUGGAACCUUUCUGAGAGUGAGCUCAGAUGUACGCCCUGUGUAAAGCACUUUUAUUCCCAGGCCCAGCCAUGUGGAGAAACAGACGUCGUUUGGUCCCGGUUCUGCAGUGUAGCUCCUCCCUUCUCCUGCCCCCUGUGUGGCCACUCCCGCAUCACUGUGCACUGAUCCUGAGAGCCAAUGAGAAUCAAAACAAGUGUGCCAAUCAGUGCACCUUGCCGAAAACUCACAUUGUGAACUCGUAAGAGUGACGGUUUGAGUGGCAUACAUUUUGUCCAACCUGAAUAUGGGUUCUGGUGAAAAAGGGGUGUGGAUUACAUAGCCACUCCCUGUGAUUCUGUCCCAGUGUCACUCACCCAAAGUUAAAUCCAAAUAUCGAGCGGGAUUGGCCACACUGGAGAUUGGCGCGGAGCCAGGAUGUUUGCAGUGAGUGAAUGUUGUUUGAACGUGAAAACUGAGUCUAUCUUUUUGUGACAGACCAACCUAAUUUAUGUGUGUGUGUGUAUAUAUUAAGUUUCAAGACUUACUAAUGAAGAUAUCAAAGACUUGAAUCAUGUUAACAGUUGAUAAUCAAAACAAGGAUAUUUCCAGCAGAGGAUAUUAGGCUUACGUUCUUGACUUGAAGCCAUCAGAUAGUCUGUGCAAAUACUGAAAUGCCAGUUGCCAAAAGUGUUUGAUGACUGAAUUGUUAGCUUUAAUAACACUGAAAAUGGUGAGUGUAACAGCAGGACUGAAGUGAUGUCACAGUGCCUGGUAAUUUAGUUUAUUUCAUUCUGAUUUGACUGACUUAUGUGCUGUACCUCAGUCCCAGAAUGCAAUGCGCACCUUGCAUUGCUUUUGUUAGUUGUGUUAUGAGAUCACCAACAAAUUCUUUUAACCUAGGUCUAAAUAAAUUCAACAU